GAUUUACACUGCGUGGACUUUAAUGAUCUUAAGAAUCACAGUGCAUCAGAUAUUACGUAACUGCAGACGGGAUUAAAUAUGCACUUCAUCUUGCCAGGCAGAGAGAGCAUCCGUUACUUGGCAGACAACCGAUAGGACCUGGUAGUUGUCACAGGGCGGGGUUAUUGUGACUGACUGGCCUUUGGACGACCCGUGUGAGGCAGGCUGUAGACUGUGAAGCGUCAGAAAGAGGGGCGGGGCAGAAAUGUUCAAUAGGAUCUGGGUCAACCCUCAAUUGCAGCCAAUUUGAGAUAACACUCUUCCCUUUUUCCACUCAUUCUGCGCCGGAUGUCUGUUCCAGCUCAUUGUCCUUAAAAGAACUAAGUCUGUUACCUCACACUGGGGGACAAAAAAAACAAGAGCCAGUAAGACAGGCUGACACUGUCCUAAUAGGUUCAUGUUUACCAUAAACGGUGUUCACACUGUUUUUGCAAUGGAGGACUCAAUCGAGGUGAUCAUUCAGGACUACGGUGGGGUCUUUCCCACAAGCAGACCCCAUCCCAUCUUGUCGGCCUGCACAGGCGCCAUCCUCACAGGUCUUUAUGGAUUAUGGAGCGUUUUCACUCUGCCUGGCUUCCGCAAAAUCCCACGGCAUCUUAAGGUCCCAUAUUUGCCCUCCAGUAAAGACCAAGCACAGAACGUUAUGAAGCUGCUCCAGGGGAGAAGAGGUCGCUUAGCAGAUCUUGGAGCUGGAGAUGGAAGAUUGAUAUUUGCAGCCUCUUCCGCUGGUUUUCAGUGCACAGGGUUUGAGAUCAACUCAAUUCUAGUGGCUUAUGCAAGGAGCAAAGCCUACUGGAGAAGAAUCCCCUCCAGCCAAGUAACCUUUGUUAAGAAGGACUUCUGGAAGGCCGAUUUGUCUUCGUACAACAAUGUGACAGCCUUCCUUGUUCCAGGAGUGAUCGAGGUGCUGGGAGAGAAGCUACUGAAGGAGCUUCCUCAAGAUGCGCUGGUCAUUUCUUGCCGUUUUCCUUUCCCUAACUGGCCCCAAAAAUCAGCUGUCGGCUCUGGACUUGACCAGACGUUUGCUUAUGAGAUCAGCUCUGUGCGCUCACACUUGAGAAAGACGGAGAUGAAAUUAAUCGAAUGCUGUGGCCGACACUGCACUAAAUCAGGGAUGAUUUAGUGCAGUGUUUUUUAUUGUUGUUGUUGUUUGGUUUUGUUUUUCUUUUAACGAAGAAUGCUGAAUAUUAUGAUUUAUUUGUUGUUCAGUAUUUCAUAAAAAAUUGAAGUUAUUUUACUCUGUUGAUGAUUUGUGAAAAUCUGGAAAGAUAUUUUUUUACAUUAGAGAAGACUUUUAACUAGAUUGAAAAUGAUACAUUUUGCACAGGCAACACUGAUUAUCUGUGCAGCACCCUGUCUAAAUAUUAAUAAAACAAGUUCAUAAAUGUCAA